AUGGCUCUCUUUGUUUGUAAAUGCCUCAAUGUAACAUUAGAAUGUGACAAAAUAGAAGACCCUGUUGAUAUAGAAAAAUUGGAAUUAUCUCCGUCGGAACAAAGAGAUACUUUUUUCAAAGAGAAACUUUUGUCAUGUUCUGUAAAUGCUAUGAAAAGUCAUAUAGCUCAGCCAGCAUUAGUAGGACAACGAACUGUAGGUUGUUGGAAGGUUGAGUAUUGCCUUGCCUGUGGGCAGACUACACAUGCUAUCACUCAAGAUGGAACAAAUAUACUCAUUUGCAAGUCUACACAAACAACACUGGAAAGGGUAAACAAUCAGAAAAAGUCGACCAAUUUUUCUCCAGUAUUCAACUUAUUACUGCCAGAAGUUACAAAUGAUAUUGGAAUGAAAGAAAAUGUUGAUACUAAUAAUCUGGUUACAAAUCCCAGCAAUAUUUACACUCCGGCAAUGCAAGCAUUAGGAACACUCAGUAAACAACUUAACCAGACAUUGCAGUCACAGCUAGAGGCAAUUGAAGAAACCGUCCGACAGUUUAGAGAUCAAAAGUAUGCAGAAUUUGAAGCAUACAAAGAAAGAGCCCAAAGGGAUCAUAAAAUUUUAUCUAGUAUUGUAAACAAAGCAAGGCGCAACAUAGAAAAUGAUGAUUGCAGAAUGGAUUCAAGUAAUGAUAAUGAACCUCUCUCACCAUUACUACCUCCACAACAGAGACGAAGACUGUCAUCUAUUAAAGAUGCCAAAAAAAUAUCACAGAAUAUUACUAAGACUAACAUACAACUUCCACAUGAAGAAGACUCCCUGGAUGCUGAAGAUAUUUUUGACUUGGAUGGAAUGGACUCACAUGAUAAUAUGAAUUCUGAUCAAGACGACUAUGAUACAGAUCAGGGCAGCAACGACGAGGGCAUUCACAUUUCCCGCCCACGUGGCAUCGUAGCCGCAAAUAUUGCACAAUCUUUGCCCAUAAAUGUCCCCAACUUUCCGAUAGAGCGCACACCUAUCAAAGAAAUAGACAAUAAUAAAGAGCCGCAAGAUAUAGCUGCGAGCAUCAAAGCGCUAGCUCGUUCAGUGCACGGAGACGUGUAUGAACUGCCACGUCCGCGUUUCUCUACGCAGAUCUAG